AACACAGCAGUAUUGCGUUGUUUUUCUUCAGUUUAAUAAUGGAUUUUGCUACAAUUAUUAUUUCAUAUUAUUCCCCAAAAAAGGUGUUAUAUUUCAGAGUAGUUUUUUGUUUAAUUAGGAGUAAUCAAUCAUACGUAAUGGUGAAAUCAAUUCAACAAAAAAGAGAUGGCAGUUUUGGCGAGGGAGCUAAUCACGGUAGGAGAAAGAAAAGCAGGGUUUCCAUUCUGGAAAGGAACAACUUGUGUAAGUUGUUAGCUCAGAAUGGCUUUACCUUCAGUGAAGAAAAUGAUCAACCAAACCAAAUUAGUGUUGAUCAAGCAAUACUGCAACAGACGUUAAAAGCAACUUUAAAACACAAGGAGUAUGCAAAUAAACUCUGUACUGGGUUGGAAGAAUUGUGGGAAGAUAACUAUAGGUUUUGCUUCAGCCUGUUACCAACAAUAUCAUCAGAAGAUUGUACUAUUAGUUCACGUGGUAAACACCAAGAUAGUCUUGUUCGUAUCCUCCUUGGAAUUGACAUACUGCAGCCUGCUAUUGCCAACCUUUUAUUGGAAAAACUUCCAGAAAUUUACUCUGACAAUGAACUAUCAUUGAUUGCAGUCAAACUAGGUGAUAUAGAUUUAGUGCAUCGUAUCGUUUCGCAUUUACGGUGGUUGGAUGUAAUAAUUGAAAGUGAGGCCAUCUUGGAAAAAACAUUUGAUGUAAUUUCGAUAUCUGAUAUUUCCAUCCAGCGAGAAUUAAUAACAUGUAUACCGGAUUUAAUUCAAGAUUCUAACCAUACUAAAGUUGCUAUGAAAUUACGGGAACUGCUACUGGAGAAUUCACAUUUAGUCACAUGCACAUUAGAUACUUUAAGUAAUAUGAAUUUGAAAGGAGAAUUGUUGGAGCAGAUCCGUGAAGCUGUGUUACAAGUACUAAGUUCUGCAGAUGUCGCUGAUUUGCCGGUCGUCAUCAAAUUUUUUCAACAAUCUGUUACUGAACACAAUGCAGCAGAGGUUGUACAAGAACUACGAGAGAGGCUACAACUCUCCCUAGUCAGCCUACCAAAUCACACUUCCACACCUUUUUCUAGUAAAAACUCAAGCACCUUACACAAAGAAAGUAUCAAUCAAAAUACUCUGAUAUUUGAUGCAAUUAAAUCAGGUGUGAGGUUUCAUAAAGUGCUUGCAGAUGCAUGGAUGAAGGAGCUUGAAUCAAUAUCUUCCUAUAAAGAACAAAAGGUUCUAGACUUGUUUGUGUUGCUCGUACUUCAUAGCAUUAAAAACAGACGAAAGAAUGUUGAGUCAUUAAUUCGUAGCAAGGUGAAGGCAGGACAUUUUACAGAAGAUGCUUUGACUGCAACAUUUCAUACCCACGCUGAGGUAUUUGCACAUUAUCUUACUGACAUUCUUUUACUUGGAGAAAUAUUUUUGCGAUCACCAGAAAUUGUUGUUUCAAACUAUGGUUGCAAUGUUUAUAGAACAGUCUUCAGCAGGUUUGAUGCUUAUUCCCAGCAGGAGGUAGUGGGAGCUUUGGUCACUCAUGUCGGUAGUGGAUAUGAACCAGAAAUAGAGUCUGCUUUCCUUGUUCUGGCAUCACUUGUAGAUCUAUACCCCUCUAAAAUGGCUCCUUUUAAUGUCUUUCUUAAGGGCAUACUUGAUUACAUUGACAAUCUAUCUAUUUCUCAAAUGCGUUGCUUGUUCUCAAUGAUUAGUAAGCUAUCAUUCGAUACCCAUAACACCACGGAGAUGAGCACUGAUGAUAUGUACAUUCUUAUUCGUAAGCAGUUGUCAAGUACUGCUAGUAAAAACAAACGAGUAGGUAUCAUUGGAGGGAUGACGAUGGUAGCAAAUAUUGGAAAAAAGAGACAUGGUGAAACAAAUAUUGAGAAAAAAACCCUGUCUUCAGCUUCAUUUGAACAGGUUGUCAACAUAUUAGAAAUGGUGAAAAGUAACGUUAAAUACGACUCCACAGCUUCUGCCUUGUUUUAUGACGAGUUGGCUAAUGUUAUUCAAAAAGAAAAUAUUGAUGAAAAAGUUCUCAAUUGGAUAUCUGAAAGUGUAGUAUCUGAUUUUCAAGACGAGUUUCUCAUUGAUGCUGACACAGUGAAAGAAAGACGUGAUGCAAUGUUACAGUUAGCAUAUGAUUUGGAUGAACCUGAAGAAGGUGGUAUAACUUUAAACAUCAUACCAUUGAUAUUAUCUGAGAUAGAAAGACAGGGGUCAAGCUCAUCUCCACAUUUUACAAGCAAGAUGAAACUCGUACCACUAGCUUCACAAUUCAGAUUAGUUCGGAUAUGUGAACAGAAACAAAAUGAUGGUGAUUUGGAAGGAAUUGAUGCAUUACUGGGCUGUCCUCUUGUUUUAUUAAAAAAUCAAGAUAAUUUAAAAGAUGACGAAAAACACAUAUACUGUACCUCGAUUAUUUACGCAAUUAACUGGAUAAGAGAGACAUUAAAUGCUUUUUCAAGUGAAGAAGUUGACACUGACGUACGUGGAAAGAUCAUCUCAAGAAUAAAAACUUUGGUAGAAUUGCAUAUCACACUAGAAAAAAUGUUGCUUGUGACACCUACAUUUGAUCUACCAGUAGUGGAUUUUAGCAUUGAUCAAAAUAUCUUAUCUCGUAUUAAAUCAUUGAAGGAGGUGAUUGAUGGACUCCAAGCUAAAAAACCCAAAAAGAGUAAAACUAAGAAAUCAAAAGACGAUGUUGUUGAAGAAAAUGCAGACGAGAAGGAAAGUAAAAAUGGAAAUGAGACAGCUUUGGGCGAGUCAGCUACAUUUUGUAUCAAUCAUUUUCCAGCUUCAUUCAGACAACUGGAUUUGCAGAUGUUUUAUUCACUUUCAUAUGGUAGUGUGGACAAAGCCUACGUGGAUACAGAAAUGCAUACAAAAACGAAAGGGGAGAUCAAACUGCUACCCAGCGAAACAAAUUUUCUUCUUGCUGACUUCCUUCGAAAAAUUGAGCAUUCUUUCACCAAUGCUAAUCGAAGAACAUUUUUAAAGCAAUCCGUCUCAAAGAUGAUUGGUUUCUCUAACUUACCACGUGAUAUAGAAGUGAUGGAGUUUCUUCUCAAGAUAUUACCAUCUUUGUGCGAACUUAUCAAAACAUGCAAAGAAUAUUUUACCGAUAUAGAUGAAGAGAAUGACGGAAUUGUAGAUUGUGACAUCCGACAGUCGGUUGAAAGCACGGAAUUCUUUCUUAUGUAUCAACGUCUGUUGCAAAUUAUCGUCGUCACACUGAACUGGGACGGUUUUCGACGCGAUAAAAAGUUACUUACUUGCUUCCUCUCUGCUUUGGUGAAAAAUUUAGUGCAAGUGGUACAGCCAUGCACGCUUCCUGAAAUGGUUAGACAUGUUUUAAAGUACUUUAAUUGCUCCAUUGCUAUGGCACCUAUUACCAUAGCAACUCUCACCAUCAAAUUGUUACUCGCGCUUGCGCAUUGGUCAGACGAGAAACGCACACACCAUGAGGAAAUGAGAAGACUUCUUAAAACAUACCUCAAGAACACAUGGAUAGGUGAGAACGGAGAAAAAGAUAAAGGAGGACAGUUUAAUGAGCAUUAUGCCUUCUUAAUCAGGACAUACAUUAGCAUAUCUGAAGAACCAUUGAAAUUAAUUGAAGAGUAUUGUAAAGGUCCUGUUACCGAACUGAUUAACAAUAAGACUGCUGAUGGAACUACCGAAUAUCCAUGUUUAACAAGGUCCUCGUUUUGUUCAUUUUAUCGAAGCUUCUUUGAGGAACUUAUUUCGUUUACAAAAAACGACGUUCAUUUUAAGAUACAAAACACUGACACUGAGGAGGACGUGGAAGAGCGUUUGCAAUUGGUACAAACAUCAAUCCGGUUAUUCCAAAUGUUGAAUUCGUUUGUGAAGGGAAUAGAUACACGACAAGUGCUUAUUACGUCAUUAAAGUGUUCGAGAUUGUACUUGGAACAGUUCCUACGGUCUGUGAUGCCAUUAUUAGAUAAAACGCUGCGAACGAAUAAAGAUUUGGUACACAGUAUUCUGAAAGGUGCGCAACAGAGUACGAGAUCAUUACAACAUCUCUGCGGACAUUCGAAAGUUGCCAAAGAUAUCACCAUGACAACGCACGUACCGGGUUUAAAAAAAUGCUUGGAAAUGUUCGUGUUUCGCGUGAAGGCUACACUCGUCUACAAUCACUGUGACGCUGCUUUUUGGUUGGGUAAUUUAAAGAACCGAGAUCUCCAUGGAAACGAGAUUGUUUCGCAAGUUAAUGCUACAGUGGUAGAGACGACCGCACAAAAUGAAGAUACUACAACAGAAUGUGAUGAAGAGGAAGAAGAAGAUGGUGAAACUGAAGAAUGCAGCGAAAGCUUUUAAAGGAUUGUAAAUACUAUAUAUUAUAUUUUUGAUAAAACAAGAAGCUUUUAUUCCACUAGAAAAA